CUCGUCACUUUCAACAGCACUUCAAUAGCGACGGAGGUAUCUGCAUAGACGCUUCAGUAGAGAAAAGUUGAAGAAACAUCACGUAUGUGCUACUUAUAUCUAAUUUUUACAUGAAGUCAGAGACCUUUCUUUCAUUAUGAAUGCCCUUCAUAUUUCUAUUGCAAUUUUAUCACUGCUCGUUCUUUCACAAGAAGUGGAUGCUUUGAGAUUUAUUAGAAGAAUAAGACGUGUACACGGGUAUUCAUACGUCACAAGAUGCAAGUCACAAACCGAAAAUGUGUAAGCCUUAGAUGUGGAAGAAGACGUGCUGUUACUGUACCAUUCAGCUACAAUUAUUUAUGUUGCAGAGGAAGUUUGUACAACCAAAUGAAAUAUGUCUGUGUUCGCUACAACUAUGGUAGUCGUUCACGAAUCGUUUUGGAACAUUGUAAUCCUUGUCGCCAAUUCAAAUGUGAGAAUGGAGAGUGCACAAAGAAGCAAUGGAAAUGUAAUAACAUUAAAGAUUGCGCAGAUGGAAGUGAUGAGGUUGGGUGUCCUAAAUGCCGUCGUAGCAAAUAUUUAUUUGCUUGCAGAAAAGGAAGGAAAUGCAUUUUAAAAGCAGAGUGUGUGACAAGGUCAACAAUUGUCCAGAUGGAUCUGAUGAAGUUGGUUGUCCAACUCCACUUGGAAACAAAUGUGGACCACAUCAAUAUCGUUGCAAGAAUAACAAGUGCAUUAAUUGGAGAUUAGCAUGCAAUGGUAUUAAUAACUGUGGCGAUUGGUCUGAUGAAAGAGGUUUCUGUAAACGUCGUUUCGGAAGGAAACGAGAAGAAAUCCCUAAUGACGAAGUAGGCAACGGUGGGGAUGCUGAAACAGGAACUACUUCAGGCUGAAAUGCUUUAAGAGCUUCAGGAGGAACUGCUUUAAGAACUGCUUUUCUCAUUGAAUGAAUGUAGUUUUUUGUUGUUUUAUUGUCUUUUCAUUAUUUUCAAUUUAUACUUGUAACCCUUUUGCUAAUUUAAAAUCAUCGCCUCCAAAUAAAUUCCGGAAGCAAAAA